CGUAAUGCUGCGGCUUCCACGCAGCCGCUUCGGUUCUGCCCGUGCGCGAAACACAGCAAGGCAUUGGCGAUGGCCCGCAUAUAUGCUCGAAUGAAUUCGGCUUUGAACUUAACAGCUCCCAGGAAGAAACAGAAUUCAAGUAACUCCUUAAAGAAGGCAAAUCAACUAAGAAUUGAGAUGGACAGCUGGCAAGGAGACAUCAGCUCUGCCAGCAGUAAUGCAACAGAUCUAACAAUUGGGUUUAUCUCCUCUGGAGUAGCUGUCAUCUUAUUUGGAACAAACUUUGUGCCAGUUAAGAAAUUUGACACUGGUGAUGGAAUGUUCUUUCAGUGGAUUCUCUGUGCUGCCAUCUGGAUAGUUUCCUUAAUCGUUAACCUUAUUCAAAACAGUCCUAGAUUUUGGCCUCUUGCUAUGGUUGGGGGCUUUUUAUGGGCUACGGGUAAUAUAACUGUUGUGCCCAUUGUUAAAACCAUUGGGUUAGGUCUUGGUCUCCUAAUCUGGGCUUCUUUUAACUUGCUAACUGGAUGGGCAAGUUCAAGGUUUGGUUGGUUUGGAAUAGAUCCUGAAAAAGUUGUAAAACCAGUCUUAAACUACAUUGGAGCUGGACUUUCAGUAUUAAGUACCAUACUAUUUCUUUUCAUAAAAAGUGAUGUUCAGAGUUCUCCACAACCAUCAGAAAGCACGCCAUUGUUAAGAGAACAUUCAAUCAACACUUCUCAUCGUGAAGCUGAAAACAGGGGUGAUGUGUCAUGGGUGGACAACCUUUCUCCAUUGGGAAGGAGAUUGAUAGGCUGCUCUCUGGCUGUGAUAGCUGGAAUAUUGUACGGUUCCAGUUUUGUGCCUGUUCUGUACAUCAAAGACCAUGGCAGGAAGAAUGGAACUGCGUACACAGGAGCAAGUCAAUAUGAUUUAGAUUACGUUUUUGCACACUUCAGUGGCAUCUUCCUUACAAGCACCAUCUACUUUUUAAUCUACUGUGGAAUAAUGAAAAACAAUCCUAAAGUUUAUCCUGAAGCCAUAAUCCCAGGAUUUGUUUCUGGUGUAUUGUGGGCAAUAGCUGAUUGCUGCUGGUUCCUAGCAAAUCAUUACCUCAGCGCUGUGAUCAGCUUUCCAAUAAUCACUGCAGGUCCUGGCUUGAUAGCUGCCUUGUGGGGAGUCUUGGUGUUUAAGGAGAUAAAGGGACUGAAAAACUAUCUAUUGCUCUUGGUAGCGUUUUGUGUUGUUUUGGCUGGGUCGCUCUCCACAGCAUUUUCUAAAGUCUGAAGAGACUGCUUGAACCAGCAGAUGGUGCCAGUAGCUAAUACUAUCGCGACCUUCAAGAAGGAGCCUAUCUGAUCUUUUCCUUGGAUCACAAAUUUCAUCACUCUCACCAGAGAAGCAGUAAAAGUGCCAUAAUCAAGCACCCUUUGUGCUAACUUUGAAACUUUCUUCAUGUUUAUAUCAAGCAUCUUCAAAUUACAGAAAAUAACACUUUGUAAAUCUCAGGGUUGAGUGAUCGUGGGAUGAAAUCUAGGGCAGCCAUCUCAAUGAUCCCAUAAUGUUUUAUGUUGUGGGUUGAUACUGAUUUGAUGGAGAGGGGCUACAGUAUACUAUUAAAAGCUUGGUGAAGUAUAAUCAUAAUUAUUCUUGGUCACAGGGAGUAACAUCAGAAUUGGGCCCAGUACCAGUUUCAAAGCUAGGCAUGAAAAGGACUAACAUCCCAGCAGGGGCUCAUUACCAAGGACUUGGUGGAGAUGUUCUUCUUUGCACCUUCACAGCUGGCUUGUUCAGUUGCCUUUCGCUCUGGACCAAACAUCAGAGGUGCUAAGGGGCAAGAGCAGUGAAUGCAGCUGUGCAGUUGCUCCCUGCCUAUCAAGAAAGCACAUGGUAGCAGUGAUGAGGUGGAGGAGCGAGAGCUAAUGGUGGGGAGAAGGCAGACUUAGUGAGGGAGAAGGCAUCUAGGGUUGUAUUACUCAAGAGGUCUCCAAAGCCCGGAGUCAGCAGUGGUUGGGCAUGGAAUACUUAUUUUUUCAUGCAUAUAUAUGUGUGUGUACUUAGUCUGCCAUCCAUAAGUGCUGUAUUCCCCUGUCCCAGUUUUAUAAAUGGAUUGUUGAGCUCUGAAGAAGUCAAAAGCUUGUUCACAACUUUUUGACAUUUGGUUGAACAGAGUAUGUUUUGCAUUUGUUUAUUUUGUCUAAUAGACCAAGAGAACUACCUACAUGUUUUAUUUAUUUUUGAGCCAUUCUGAGGAUAAUUGAGGGUGUAUGAAUCAGCUGACUUGCUGAAGCUAAGCAGAUCUGGGCCUGGAAGAUCACUUGGGAAACCACUGCAGGUAUAUCACUUUGAGUUCCAUGAUAGACAAAGGGAAGGAUACAAAUUUACUAAAUAAACAUGUUGAUGGCAUGGCCAAGACUUCCAUUGUGUACUGAGCCAGCUUCCCACUGCCUGGUGGUCUCCUGAUAGCUUGGAUUACUGUACCCAUUUUCCAGGCACUGGGCAAUCUGCAGCAGUAUAAGCCACAUGAAAGUAAACUGAGACCCGCAGGUGGGUCCAGGCUAACGAUGUUUGGGGAAAGCAUCUGGGGGAUGGGAAUUCUUUGAAUUCCCUAGGCUCAGCUUCCUUUGUAGCAACCUUUGUGCUGCUGCAUGUGAUGCAGAAGGCUGCCAGUUGCACAGUCUUAGUUUUGCAAGGAUUCACAGACUUACUCUGGGCUUGGCUUAUUUUCCAAGAUAAUGGCUGAACAUGAGAAGCAGUCCAGGACGUCUAGAGGGAUAGAUUCUGCAGAGUUUCAGUGCAUCCAUAAUUUAGAACCACGUUUUGAGAAACACUAAAAAAGAAAUCUGUAAACACUGCUCUACAGCAGGAUUCAGCAGGUUUUCUUCUUUGUGGGUUCUUCAUGGUUCCAUUGUAUGAGAAUGCAUCAACAUAGAUCACAAGAAUACUUAGGAAGUUCUAGAAAAUUAGAAAUAGUGGCCCUUGCCCUGCACUGAUGCACUGUAGCAUCUCAUGGAUAAAAUGGGAUGUAGCAAACUUGUCACUGGUGUGUCAGUGCAUCAGUCCCUGGCCUUUUGUCCUCCAGAUAUGUCAGAUUCUAAUUACUAUGAUCCUCAUCUAGAACAGCUAAUGGCUUUGGUGCUUAGAUUGCUGCUAGGUAGAUUGGUCUGCCUUCUAGAAAAUGGGGGAGGGAAUACAGUGCCUUGUAUUCACACACUCCUUUGACUCUUCCACGUUUCUCUGUGUUUUAACCUGGAAUUGAGGUGAAUUUAGUUGUUAUUGUUACCACUUGAUGUACACAAAAUACCAAACACUGCUAAGGUGAAAAAUAAGUUCAAUGUAGCACAAAAGUCAAGUAAACAGAAACAGCUAAGCAUUUAUUGAUUGCAUAAAUAUUACUUAUUUUGCUGUUGCAAACAAGCUCUGAUGUAAACCACAGCCUGCAGAAGUCACAUAAGUAGUUGAAUAGAGUCCAGCUGUUUGCAAUUCCAGUGCCACUUGUUCUCAGCUUAAGUACACUUGUUUCUAGAAGACCCUGAGUUUGUCAGUUAAUAUAUCUAAGCAAACAGCAUCAGGAAGAGAGAAGCUAUCAAAACAACUUCAGGUUAACGUGCAGAAGCAUCAAUCAGCAUUAGGUUAUAAAAAUUAUCCCAGAUUAUGAACACCCCAGAGCACCAUUAAAUCCAUAAUUAUUACAUAAAAAGAAUUAUGGCUCAACUUCAGCUCUGCCUUAGAGAUGCUGUCCCCAAAAAUCCCGUGAAUGUGUAAGGAGGCCAUAAAGUCAGUGUAACGAAGAGCCAGGAAGGGUUAAACUAAAUAAGCAACUGGAUUUUAAUGGCCAAGGAUGCGGGGGGGGGGGGUGCACUCCUGGGUUAUCACUGAGGAUGGACUAAAGGAUGAUCUUGGACAAUAAUGGUGUGAAUUGCUCGUAACAGCUGGGAAAGUUGCAGCCUCUUGGAUUGGCUGGUUGACAUCAUUCCACCUGCCAGGAGAAGGGGUUGAUAAACUCCUGGCUAGUUUUAGUCUCCUGCUGGGUUUCAACCUGGUGUGAGGUUUCAUGACCAAAUGUUGAAGACUUCAUCACAGGGAAACCUGCCA